CUUCGUCUGCUCUAUCUCCUCCUCCUAUAUAUACCUCAAUCUCUUUCACUCACUUCCUCUGGUUCCACAUCAUCUUCUCUAUAUAUAUAUAACCUUCUUCUUCACGCAACCACAUCUCUCAAGCAGUGACACCAUUAAUGAAUCUACCUCCGGGAUUUAGGUUUUUUCCGACUGACGAGGAGCUCGUCGUUCACUUCCUCCACCGGAAAUCUUCCCUCUUGCCUUGUCACCCUGACGUCAUCCCCGACCUCGAUCUCUACCCUUACGAUCCUUGGGACCUUCCGGGGAAAGCUUUGGGAGAAGGGAGACAAUGGUACUUCUAUAGUAGAAAGACACAAGACAGAGUAACAAGCAAUGGGUAUUGGGGAUCAAUGGGGAUGGACGAGCCAGUCUACACAAGCUCCACACACAAAAAAGUGGGUAUCAAGAAGUAUCUAACUUUUUAUCUCGGAGAUUCUCAGACUAACUGGAUCAUGCAAGAAUACUCCCUCCCCGAUUCAUCUUCAUCUAGUCGAUCUUCUAAGAGAUCAAGCCGUGCUUCUUCUAGUUCUAGUCACAAACCCGAUUAUAGCAAGUGGGUGAUAUGCAGAGUGUAUGAACAAAACUGCAGUGAGGAAGAGGAUGAUGAUGGGACAGAGCUCUCAUGCUUGGAUGAAGUGUUUUUGUCUUUAGAUGAUCUUGACGAAGUAAGCUUACCGUAAUAAAGACAGAAGCACCCAAGAAAGAAAGAAAGGUUUAGUGGGCAAUUAUUUCUAAAAUCUUUGAACCAAAAAAAAAAAAAAAAGAAAGGAAAAGAAGAAGGAGAAUGACAUCAUUCUUACCUGUUGUAAGAUUAGCAAUCCUCAAUUUCCAAGCAAGAAGCUAAAAAAAAAAAA